AUGGCGACGUCCCUCGCGGCCGCAAUCACCGCGCUCCAGCGCGGAGACGCGCGUCCUCUCACACAAGCGAUGGCGCAGCGCAACACCCAGCACCGUCGUAAACCACCACGUCACAAGAGCAAGAACCGCAAAAACCGCAAGCAGGGCGAGGACGAAGCUAUCGCUGACGAUACGCAGGACACGAGCGAAAACGCGGACGAGACCAACGUCGUACUUGAUGGUGAAGAUGACGUGUGCACGCUAAGUCGCGACCAGCUGAAUGCGUUUUACCCUGCGGCUGUCGAGCUCGUGGCCCCGAGCGACGACAAGGAGGAAGAAGCGCGCCGACUGCAAGCUCGAGAGGCCGUGGCCGAGUUCACGUUGCUGCUGGUCGAGAGCGAGAGCGAGAGUAUGGACAAGGACGAGGUCUUUGCUGUUGUCCAGGAGCUGCACGAACAGCUGAUGUAUCUCACAGGUGACGAGGCUCAAGUCCUGGCGACUCAGGAAGCCAUUUCGCGGCUCUGUGAAGCGUGUUGGAAGCGCAACUUUUGUGGCCGCGCGUACUUGCUCGUGACGCAGAUGGUGCCGUACUUGAUUUUCCAGAGCCAUGGCUCGUCUGGGUCAGGGCGCUUCUCGGCCAAGACGCAUCCGAUCCGGCGGCUGUUUGCAGUCAAAGACGCGCUGCCGUUACUGGACUUUGAGGACGAGAGCUGUAGCACGUGUCGCAAUAUUCUGCUGCGCUGUUUCAUCCAGCCAGCGUUCUUUCGAUCGCCAGAUGCCGUGUCGCUCUUGAGCUUUUUGUUCACGCUGCACGUGCCGUUUGUCAACGAUAUCAAUGAGACGAUCCGGAACCAGCUCCCGAAUCAACGCCACUCGGUUGUGGUGAAAUAUGGCAAUAUCUACUUUCAGGCGUGGGUGGGAAGCAAGGGGGCUUUUCGAGCGAAAAUUGAGGAAGAGUGUAUCCAGCGAUAUGUGCGAGAUGCGGUCCAUGCAAGCAGCACGUCGCUGUUUAAUGCUGUGCGCACAGUGCUGCAGAUUUUCUUUGACAACAAGCGACACCAAGGUGUUGAUGAAAUGCUCUACCGUGUUUGUAGCCCUAUUCUGUGGCGUGGUGUGAAAGCCCCGAACGAUUCCGUUCGACGCCAAGCGGCUAUUUUGCUCUUCGACAACUUCCCCUUUCGUGAUCCAGCGUUUAACAAUGAGACGAUGGACGUGACUCUCCAGAAACAGUUCGAUACAUUCAACGAGCUGCUUGGGGAUUCGCAUCCAGCACUACGAGUUGCAGCAAUUGAAGGCGUGUCGAAGGUUCUUUCUGUGUACUGGGAGCUACUUCCGGCUGAGACGAUCCGGGGCUUCAUCUCGAAGCUUGUCGUGGACCUUGUGAACGAUGUGUCUUCGAGCACUGUUCGUGCAGCUGUAUUCGAAGGUGUUCGAUUCAUUUUGGAAAAUCAUAACUCUCACUCCAUUUUGAAGCCGCUGCUGCCUAUGCUAGCACCGCUGAUCAAUGAUCGCAAUGAGAAAGUUCGUGCUGAGUUUGGUGCACUGUUGGUCCGAAUCAAGAGCAUUCGAGACUUGCACUUUUAUGACGUUGUUCCAGUAAACGACUUGCUUUGUCGCAUGGUCAUGGACCGUGAUCGGCCUCUUGCGUGCAAACAACUUGUAUCUCUGUUUUUGAAUUCGUAUUUUCCGCAAAGCGUGGGUGGAUCCUCGCAAGCGGCGCGAUGUCUCGCCCUGGUGAGAAAGAACCCAGAGGCCGCGAUGGUCUUCUACGCGAACGUUGUUGAGCAUGUGUCCGUUGGAUCCGUCUGCAAGUUGGUUGCCGUGCUGCUUCGUUGCUCGUUGAACUUUGUGUCGCAGCGUUUGAAGGCGCCCCAAGGAUCUGUGGGAGAAGACGAUGAGGAAGAUGAGGAGGAGGAGGAAGGCUUUAGUAUCGUUGGCCAAGUUGUCGUGCUGGAGGUAAUCAGCAGCCUUAUCAAGAGUGUGCACGUGAAAGUAAUGGGCGACGAUCGAUACUCUGAGUGCAAGAGCUUCCUAUACGCGCAUUUGACCAUUGAGUCACUUGAAGCGCUCCUUCUUGCUUACAGCGAAGACCGUCCUUACGAGCAAGAAGCUCUUAGUUCCAUUUGGAAAAUAAUUGGCUAUUUGGUUGAAUUGUCUGGGGGCGCCUUACUGGAGCGUUUGGUGGUAAACUUCAUGCAGAUGAACGAGAGCUCGAACAAAAAGCUGUUGGAGUCGAUGGUUGACUGCAUGGUCCAAUGGGAGCAGCUACCGUUCUUGACGUCGAAGCUGGCAACGUUUCUUGACGAAUGGAGAAUCACCAAGUUUCAAUCUGGUACGGGCAGCUCGAAAAGAAAGCAGACUAAAAAGUCGGAAAAUGCGCUGAAUCCAGUCGUUGUGCUCGGCGCAAUUGAGUACAUCGUUCACUUGUCAACUGCGAAAAGCCUCAUUACAUUUAUACAGCCGCUAGUGGAGGCGCUCGAGAAAUGCGUCGAGCCCAUUGUCGAGUUCGAUGUCGACGAAGUUGAAGCAGCAUAUAAAGCAAACCCGUUCGUCUUUGUCCGAUUAUUGGAAGUAUACGCAAAAGUCUUGGUGAUGGCGGAGUGCGCGCACGUAAAUGAUGAAACAUCGUUAUUGACGGAAAAUUCUUUGAGACGAGUGAAAAAGCUAGAUGGGAUUUGCGACUUACAACCGUCAGAGUUUUUCGCACCGCCAAAGUCGCUCAGCGCGUUGUUCGCCUGGUUGGCUCAGCUCAUGCUUGGUCUGCGCAAGGCGGUGGAGUCGACGGAGCAGGCGACUCACGGAAAGAAGCGUCGACGAGGCAAAAACACCAAAGCAAGUCAAGUCUCCCAUCAUCAGGAACUUUUCAGCCGCUGGCGUAAUUUGUUUACCCUCGUGUCGCUACUGUCAGCAGAGUGUGUAGCGUUCGCUCUUGAGCGGACACAUUGGUUGCAGAAUGGCCCCACCGCCGACUUUAUCGACGCUUACGUGGACACCCUGUGCGAUACACUACGAGACAUGGAGUCAUUUGAACGUCCUGCAUUCUAUCAUGCUGGUCAGCUCGUGCAUUUACUUGAGAGUGCUAGAGUGAAGGCUACCAAAUCGACGAGGGCUCAAGCAGCAAGCCUUGUUCCGUCUCUCGAGCACUGGAUUAAAACGCUGCAACAAGCUUUGGAAAACGUGCACGAGAACAACCACGAUAAGUGCGACGACCUGUGGCCAGCCGUCAGUGCCGCCUUCGUGAGCAUUGCGUAA